AUGUCUGGAGGGGAUCGGAAUACUAUUCAGCACCAGAUUCUUGUUGGCUUCAGGGGUGCCUGGCAGCUCUCAUCCAAUCAGAAGACACAGAAAGAUUCGUUCAGAGCUGCAAUCAAUGCAUCAGAUGGCGGCCGGCAGGACCGCGCCAAGUCAAGACAGGUUUCGGAGGAGCGUUCCAAGAGUUUCGGCAGCACUUGUGGACAUGUCGUACAGCACCAUCCCUUCAGCCCUUACGCCGGGGAAGCCCGAAAUCCUUGUUUGCACAGAACGAGAAGUUUUCCUUUGGCGCGCAGUCAGGGGGUGAGCUGCGACAGGGGCGAUGCUUUGAUCACUCGUCGCACGUUGGGUGAAUAUUCUGGGAGACCCCCUGUGGGGGACUGCAAAGCAUCUUCCUCAGUGCAAUCGCCAAAGCUCCAUGCGGAUCAGGUUUGUGCGUUUUCGUUUUAA